AUGCUCUGGCUGUAUCAUUUUUCCUCCCGCGUGAGCCCAGAUGUGAAGGCAGUUCGAGAUUACUUAGACUCCUGUGUCGGCGUGGGUGUUGCGUAUCGUGGCAUUCACACCGGAACGUCCUUUUUCCGAGGCAUUUCAUGCUCUGAUGUGGUGAACGCUGCUGCCGUUCGCGGGUCCUAUGUUGGGUACGCGUGGGCUUUAGGCGAGAUGAUGGAUGCAACCUACACUAGUGACUGUAUGGAGGACCAGCGGCAGUUUGUGGCAGCAUAUUUGGCCCAGCCAUUCCUGUUCAGCUCCCUCCCACGCACACCAUACCCUGAACCAGUAACAGACAGCCACGGAGGCACCAAACCAGCCAUCAAAGAAUUUGGUGGCUUGUCUGCUGAUUCGUCCUUAUCCCCAUCUGCUGCUCCUCUGCCCGGCACGCUGCAGUACCUCUGCUCUCUUCCUGGUCCGGUGCAAGCCCUGAUUCCUCAAAACAUCACCCCGGCAGGACUGGAAAAGGCCAGGCAGGCAGCACCGCCACCGUUUAUCAAGCUGGACCACUACAACGCACUGAUAGAGCUGCUGGGAGGGCGGAGGUCGGAACAAUAUGAGGUGCAAGGGACUGGAGUGGAGAUCAAGGUGUAUUCCAAGGUGACGAAGGCGUACCCGUGUAUUUUUCACCAGUCGGGGGAUAAGACGACGAGUGGGGUGGUGUAUGAGAUAGUGGGGAAUGGGACCUUGGAUGGUAUUGCCUUUGAAGGGAUGGAUUUACUGUAG